AGUUCUGAUGCAGGCCUUAGAUAUAUUUCUAUUUUACACUCGAUUUUACUUCUUUUGUGUAACCUUUAUAUAAGGCACUUAUCCUUUGGAAUAUCAAUCAUAAUACAAUUUUAGCAAUUCAGAUGGAACAGCAAAAUCAAAAGCUUGAAGAACAACGAAAUUUGUUUGGCCAGAUGAUGAAGCAAUUACAGGCGAGAGUUCGAGGAGGAUCCGCUGCUUCUGAAAAGGAACGGUUGAAGACAAUCAUCGAUCGAGAAUCCUCUAAUCCCAAACAACAGAUCAGACGUUUGGAUGAAGGCAAUCACAGACAGUUUAACUCCAAUUCAAUUCUAGAUUUUCCCCAAUUUGAUGGAAAUAUUGCACGGAUUUGGAUAAAAAAUGUGUCAAAAGGGGACUCAACUAUUUGUAAUGGAGGAGACUGGAGAAACUGACACAGGAAGGGAAUUCAUGCACCCAAAUCAAGACAGCGAACAGAUCUGGAGGAACAUAAAACAAAGAGUGUAUAUGGUUUCUUCCACAUAGAGGACUGAGGAAUACAUUCCACCUCUUAAUGCAAGCCAUUGACACAUGCUCUAUUGGAAGAAUAUGAUGAAUUGUUCCAAGAACCCAAGGGACUCAUCCCUAACAGAAGAGUUUCUUACCACACUACUUCCAUACAGCCUAGUGCUUCACCUUCUAACAUUUGGCCUGACACGUAUGUGGAUAUCAUGGGUUCCAAACAAUGAAAGUUACAGAUGGUCUGAGGGAGAAGCAUCUGCAUUUUCGAAUUGAUCCUGAAAGCACACAUUAGUCCUUUGACCUCUCCUUACCACAAAAACUGAAAUACAAACUAUUUCGUGUUACACCCAAAUUAGUCAUAAUGGCUGAUGGCAACAAAACUCAGUGUGCUGUGGUAUUGGGAGUGCAAUGGUAGAGUGUAUUGACACCAGUAAAAUGGGGAUGCAGUAAGUUUGGGAUGGAGAUUACAUAUAAUAAAGGUAGUCAACAUGGUUUAAGGGGAAUAAGACAGAAUAUCUAAGGUGGAACAUAGCAGUUUGGGAAAAAUCUUAAAAAACUUCAAGAAAUUUGUGUUGGAGGCAGGCUAUUUCGACCUCGAAAGCUAAUGAAAGUAUGUUAUUGAAUGCAGCGAGUCAUGAGGCACCUAUAAGCCUUCAAGAGCUACUGGAAACCAAGAUGACUGCUACCUUCCAACAGUUUUGGUUAUCCAAGCUUGGAGGCUGUACCUAGGAGAUUCACCACAAACAAGGAAAUCAAAACCUCACUAAUGAUGCCCCAUCUAGACAGUUUGGAGCUGAGACAAUUGUACUCUCCACUAUAAACUAUUCCUUGUUGAUUGAUAUCAAGGGCAGAGGGUCCCAUGGCCUAAAACUACAAGAGUAUGCCCAAGAGCUCGUACAAGGAAAACCAGUAACUCUACAUACAUGGAGAUCAGAUCAGUUUGGGAAAAAAAAGUGAAGCUGGUGGUAGAACUUAAUGAGGGGCUUAAGGCUAAACCACUGCAGUGGGAGCAUUCCUCACACGUGUCAGGCCAAUCAAGAGGAGAAAAAGCAUGGAGAAGGCUAAACAGAAUGUUACAAUGGAAAGAAGGCACAUAGACAUUUCUUACCUUGUGAGGGAAGGUUUAAUUUGUCAAGACUGCAAGAAGGGUGACUCUUGCUAACUUGGACUAUUUCAGCCCUUGCAAAUUCCUACCAAAGAUUGGAAUGGUGUUUUUAGCAGGAAGGCAAUGAUGGCAUUUACUGAUGAUAUCAUGGUGUAUAGGCCCGAUUUGGGAGCCCCGUCACAAUCACAUUGGAGAAGUGUUCAAUACUAGGACACACAUAACGCAGCAGCUAGCUAAUUAAGGGGCUGUUUGGUAACUUCUGAAUAGGUAAGUGCUGAACCAGUAAGAGGUCACCAUUAAGUGCUGAACCAGUAAGAGGUCUGAACCAUUAAGAGCUAGUAUAUUGCUUAACUAUUCAGAGGCAAAUGUCUGAUCAAUUCAGAUAAGAGGUCUUAACUAUUCAGACUCUGUAUAAUACUUGACCAUUCAGAGGCAAAUGUCUGAACCAUUCAGACAUCUGAACCAUUAAGAGGCUGAAACAAACAGUCUGAACCAUUAAGUGCUGAACCAUUCAGACAUCUGAACCAUUAAGAGGCUGAAACAAAUAGCCCCUAACAAA